AUGUAAUAUGCUAAUAAAUUUGCUGGGUAUCGAGAAAUUUCGAAUGAUAACAAUCUUUUUAUGGAGGACUACUCGGAGCAUUCACUAUUUAAGAAAGUACCGUAGCCUUAUUAAAAGCUAAUGCAAAAUUACGGAACAUUAGAUUACAAGGAAUUGGAUCCAAAGUUAAGAAAUUUAUUUUCAACAACACCGUCUACUAGGGGUACAACAAGAAGAACGCUUACUCGAGGAUAGUCAGUUGGCUAAAUACCAAAUACUUUUAUGAGCCCUAAAGCUUCAUUCGCGAAUUCCUAAUAUAGUGGUGGAUUUCUUGAGCCGAUAAAGCCUAAUACUGCUCUUGGAAAUAAUUAAAACGAAUUAAAGAACCAGCUUUUAGCAUCCAAUAUUAAAGAUGAAAUCAUUGAUAGCACUGAUAGUAAACCCAGAACUGCUUAAUAAUCAGUUUAAAGAAAGAUAAAUUUGAUGGACAGCAUUACUAAUAAAAAUGAUAAACUUCUUUCUCCAAAGAGUCACAGCACUAUCGCAGGGGCAGUUAAAUUUGGUGAUAUUAUAACUGAUUUUGAGCCAGAAUUAAAUAGAAAUCCUAUGCUAUAAAUGUCGCCAGAUGACCCUCAAUAUCUUCAUCAUAGUAACAUAUAAUCUCUUAAAAGAGUGAUUUCAACAGCUUAUAAAAGUAUUAGAAACCACAAAUUCCUUACAAAUAAGUAAGGUUAGCCAAAGAAAAUUUAUAACUUAUCCAUUGAAGACAUAGAAAGAAUGAGGCAUUUCGAAGAAAAUCAAUUAAAGUUACUUGAGGCUGCAGUUCAAUUAGAACUUAGAAAUCUACUUUAACGUGAAAGGAACUAAUAUGAGUAGGAUAAGCUUGAAACAUUAGAACUUCACUAAAAACUAUUGAACAAGAAGUUAGCUAGAGCAAGCAGUCAGAACCAAAAUUAGUUCUUCAGAAGAGCAACAUUAGUAGGAAUGAAAUUUGAUGAUGGAAUAAAUCUUCCUAGCCAACCUCAAUCAGUUAAUAAUCUGAAUUUUAAUUUCUCUAGCACAGCAAAGAAACUUUAAUACUCAAAAACUUUUUAGAGCAUUAAACCUAAUAUGACAGCUACUUAAUUCAAGCACAGCUCAACUAGCAUGAACUCUCCAAAGAAAAAUAAAUACGCUCAUAGUAUAUAUUCUAAAGAGGAAAUGCUCUUUCACGAACUCUAAAAAAUGAUCACAAAGCUAACCUCAAAUAAAAGCUAAGAGAUGAGCUUUCCAGACAAAUUUAAAUCGAUUGAAACCUUGAAGAAUAAGGUAAAUCUGCUAAAGAAAUCUAUUGACUCUAAAACUGAGGAAGAUGAGCCAGCUAUGAUAAAACUUGCUCAUACCAAGUUUAUUGAUCAGAUGAUCGAUUAGCUAGAGAAGCAAUAUAAAACACAAUAUAUUAAUCAGAGCAAGAAAAAGUUUCAAAGGGAGAGCCUCAAAACUUAACUGACAGAACUAGAAGCAAGAGACAACUAGCUAAGAAAUACAAAUUUUAAGUUCAAAAAAUUUUAUCAAAAAGAUGUAGAGGAAUUGCAUGAAAUGAAGGACUACCUAAGAGAGAUUUAAGAUAAGUUGUCUAAACACUACGAAUAAUUGGAACUAUAAAAGGGGCAAUUAUCAUCAGUCUCAGGCGAUGUAAAUACUGAAAGAAAUAAAAAAAGUUCAAGUAUAUUGAACUAAGGCAGAUUAAGUCUUUUUCAAAAGAAAAGAGAAGUUAUUACAAAGAAGAGUGUUAGAUUUGGGAAUGACCCUAAAAUAGAAGAAAAAAUUGAUGCCUUUCAGAAUGAUCGGGCAGAGUUGUCUAAGAUAGAAGAGAUUGAUAUCUAGGAGUAGACGCAGGAUGUUGUUUAAGAUAAUGUGAAUGGUUGUAUCAGUGAAAAGGCAUCUCCCCUCCCCUUAUAAAAGAUACCAUAUUAAUCUUUACCUGUGAAUGAUCAUAUGUAGUUUCAAGAUAUCUAGUCAAAUUUAGAUGAUCUCAAUAAUCAAAGUCUUUCAGGGUAUACAGAAAAUUAGUCAGUUAAAAAUUAGGAUAAUUAAUUAGGGGAUUAUGAGUCUGAUAGUUCUAUAGGCCACUAAACAAAUGAUCCAUUAAUUGAGACAACACAGAAAAUGAAGGUAGAAUACAAAGACUUUGACAAUAUUGGGGAGAUUAUACAUGAAUAUUUUAAUCCUUUAGCCUAAAAUAAGAAAAUAGUUUAGAAUAAGCACAUUGGAUUUACGACAAGGAGGAAAACCGUAAAAGGUGAUUCAGUAUUAGCAUCCUCAUAGAAUGUUAUAAAGGAUUUGGAAAUAAUUAAUGAUCUUGCAAAAUUGGAGAUGAAAUAAAUUGGUACAGCUGAGGAGCUAUAAAGACUUAUCGCUAAAGCUACAUCUCCUGAAAGAGAGCAAAAUAAAAGGAUCGCUCACCAGUAUACUGUGCUUAGGAAAAAUCUCUAAAAGAAAUUGAAAAACUAGGAUAUUGAAAAACUGAAGAACCUAACUUUAUAAUUAGCAUAGGAUUAGGACAACAUUAGUUUGACUAAUUCUAGUAAAAGUCAAGACUUGAGAUAGAAAAAUAAUCAAUAUGAUAAAGAUGGAAAGAAGAAAAAUCUAGGGAAACAGGAGACCAAUGAUUUCAAUCAUCUGCUAUUCCAUAAUCUAUCUUCUAUUUAGAACUUACGAAUUUUCGCUAAUGAACAUGGAGUCAUUGAGAAAUUAGAAGAGUAUAGCUAAAAGAACGGAGUAUUCGAUGACCAUUUAAAGGAAUGGAUAUCAAAACUUAAGAAUUACAAGACUAAUCUUGAGAUAAUAGACAAGAAAUUCAUUUAAAUUGCAGCAAAUCACCUGAAUUUAUGA